CCUCUAAAUAAGCAGCGUAUUCACACAAGCCCCAUCAGGACAGGAGGCAGGGCUGCAGCCGGGGUGUGAAAUCACACACACACUCACACGCACAUACACACACUCACUCACUCACUCACACACUCAGUGUCUCAGCCAGUAGCGCUCCACUACUGUAAGCCACAGCAGCAAGCAAGCAAGCAGCCCGGAGGGAAAAAAAAGUGUGGACUGGACGUGAAGGAAGGGGAAAGAAAGCAAGGAGAGGAGAGGAAGGAGGGGGAGAAAAAGAAAGACAGAAAGGUCCGCGAGGAAAAGAGGAAGAGGAUUCGCAGGCAGCUCGUCCGAGACAGCCGGAUCGGAUCUGCUCUGCUGGAAGAGACAUUUGAGUGGCGUGUACUUUUGGAUCUCUUGUGGCCUGCCGGUGGCGCUACCACUUUGAAAAGCGUCUCCACAGACUGUGGAUACUCCAAACCAAACCCAACCCCAUGAUUGGGCCUCAUAGCUUUGACAAGCCCUGGAAAUACCUGGAAUUCUAGGACUGCAUCAUUUCAAGCCCUUGUCAAGGGACUUCCUUUUAGUGCCCAGGCACUGGAUCUGAAAGCUUUAUCUUCUUCUUUAGUCUUUGUGCAUAUACCAAUAGAAAUAAAAAAAAGAAAAAAAAAAGAAAAAAAACACUAUAGCUUUAACGGUAGUGAUAGCCUCCGCUGGCCUCCUGCACCAAAAAAAUCCUGCCGCCACUGCGAGGGUUGUGACCUUUCUGGCACCUGGCUUCAAACGGACACUUGAAACGAGGCACGCGGUCAGAGGGGGGCUUCCAAGCAGCAGCAAAUCGAACCAAAAACCACAUCAGGCCUGGAUGCGAUGAACGCCUCAUGUAGGCAUCAGCAUGGAAAGCUGUGAGUCUCCCGUGGUUUCUGGGACAGACGAUGGGCUCAGCUCCUCCACCACCUCCCAGCAGCAGCAGCACCCUCCUCAGCCCUGGAACGAUCACCCUAGUGCACAGGUCUCUCCCAGCAACCAACCCGCUUCCCUGGAGCCCCUGUCUCUCUCUGUACCCUACCCAGCCCAGCUCCAGAAUCCCAGCACACCUCGUGAGGCUGUGAGAGAGCAGCAGCAGAAACAGCAGCAGCAAACACGGACCCCACCCCAGGCUCCCAACAACAGCUCUGCCAGCAGUCAGCGGCAUCCCAGAAGAGGGGGGUUGGAGGAAGAGGAGCAGGAAGCAGUGAGCUGUGGAGAGGAGGACGAGGAUUUGGAGGACUUGGACGAGAUGGAGAUUGACAGCUGUUUUCCGAGUCUGCAGCCCUUCCCAGGCAUGCCCAUGGCUCAAGUAGGAGGGGGCAUGCCCACUCUCAUGCGCCAGCAGCCUACACGGCGGACGGAUGCUACAGAGAGUGGGAGUGAAGAAGGAGAGGAGGAGGAAGAGGAAGAGAGCAGUGACGUGGAGAACCUAGCUGGGGAGAUAGUUUACCAACCUGAUGGCUCGGCCUACAUUGUGGAAAGCCUCAGCCAGCUGAUCCAAAGUGAUGGGGGCAUGGCACCUGGUGUGCUCCCCUCAAAUUCUCUCCCCAGUGGAGGUAAGCUGGGGGAAUCUUCCGGGACCUCCUCAUCAGUGUACCCUCAGAUCAUCAACACGUUCCACAUAGCCUCGUCUUUUGGGAAGUGGUUCGGCCCCUCAGACCAAGGUUUCCCCAAUACCUCAUCCCCGGCAGGCCUCAGUCCUGUCCUGCACAGUUUCCGCGUCUUUGAUGUGCGGCACAAAAGCAACAAGGAUUACCUAAACAGUGACGGGUCUGCCAAGAAGUCUUGUGUAUCCAAAGAUGUUCCCAACAAUGUGGAUUUCUCCAAAUUUGAUGGACUGGCCCUUUAUGGUAAAGGCAAGCCCAUCCUCAUGUGUUUUCUCUGCAAGCUAUCCUUUGGUUAUGCUCGUUCCUUUGCCACUCACGCCGUCCAUGACCAUCGCAUGACCCUGUGUGAGGAUGAGCGCAGGCUGUUGAGCCACAAGCACGCGUCUGCCAUCAUCCAGGGCAUCGGCAAGGACAAAGAGCCCCUCAUUAGCUUCCUGGAACCAAAAAACAAAAGCUCUCCCCCACCACCCACACUAGUGCCUGUGAGCUCAGGCCAGAGCUUCUAUGGCACGUUCAGUGGGGUUCAUUUAGAGGGGGGGAGCAGUAGUGGAGGAGGUGAGGGACUCCUGAACAAAGACUCUGAUUCGGGUCUCCAGCAGCAAGCCCUCCUCGCCCUGGGAGGCCUUGGAAGUCCCAAGCCACCCUCUCUUACCUCAACCCCAGGCCCUGCCAAAGACUCCAGCACCCUGCCCAAGGCACAGGGAGGGAGAACAGAGGGGCCUGUGGGGAAAGAAGGGACUCAUAGAGGGGAGGAUGGGGAUGUGGAGGCCCGUGAAAGCAAGGCUCUCCUUCACAGCGAGGCCUCAGAGGAAGAGGAGGAUCUACUCUUAGAAGAAGAGGAGGACGAGGUGGAGGAUGAAGGCACUGCAGUGGCCUGUGGUGGCAGUAGUAGCAGCAGCGGCGGACAAGUAGGGGAACCGGCUGUCUCAAACCAAAGCAUUUCCAAAUCUCCUUUAUUAAUGCCUAGUAGCGCUCUCCAGCCUUCUGCCUGUCCCUCUGCAGCCAGCCCCACACUGAACAGUAAAGCCCCAGCUUCCAUGUCCUCUUCCUCCAUCAGGGGAUUAGAAGAGGGGAUGGCUGCAGAUGGUGGAGGGAGGACUUCGGAGCUCCCUCUGAGCUUUAACUGCCAGGGGCCCACUGUCCCCAUGGCGAUGGCGGCAGCUGCCAGCAGAGGGGGCGAGGAUGACGGGGCGGGGACCUCCUCACCUCUCGCCUCCAAUGCCGCCACUGACGAAAGUGCCAAUCGUGAUAGUGCCACAGCUCCUGAACCAAAUGAAUGCCCGGCAGAGGGAGACGAAGACAACGGUACCCUCCUGCACCACCACCACCACCACCUCCACCAUCAUCAUCACCACCCACACCCCUCGUCUCACUCCCACUCCCAUCACACAGGGCCCUGCGAUAUGACUGGGGUGGGUGAGUGCACCCAGAACCACAGUGCUGGGGCCAGUGGGGGCAGCGGGGUCGAGUGCCCCAAGUGUGACACCGUCUUGGGCUCGUCACGUUCCUUGGGGGGCCACAUGACCAUGAUGCACUCGCGCAACUCAUGCAAGACGCUCAAGUGUCCCAAGUGCAACUGGCACUACAAGUACCAGCAGACCCUGGAGGCACACAUGAAGGAGAAGCAUCCAGACUCUGGGAGCUCCUGUGUGUACUGCAGCAGCGGGCAGAGCCACCCGCGCCUGGCGCGUGGCGAGAGCUACACCUGUGGCUAUAAGCCCUUCCGCUGUGAGGUCUGCAACUACUCCACUACUACCAAGGGCAACCUGAGCAUUCACAUGCAGUCAGACAAGCACCUCAACAACAUGCAGACACUGCAGAACGGAGGCUCCAUCCCCACGGCCAGUGAGCAGGUUUUUGGGCACGCGCCUGGUGGUGUGGUGGCCGUACCCUCAGCCACUCAGGCCAGCAGUCACCACACCAGCCACCACCAUCACCCGGCCCAGUCCUCCACCCACAUGGCAGGGCCCUGUGGUGCCCCCUCGCCCACCAAGCCCAAGAGCAAGCCCACUUGGCGCUGCGAGGUGUGUGACUAUGAAACGAAUGUGGCUCGCAACCUGCGCAUCCACAUGACCAGCGAGAAACACAUGCACAACAUGAUGCUGCUCCAGCAGAAUGUGACCCAGAUGCAACAUGGCCGUCUGGGUCUGGGGGCUAUGCCCUCACCCUCAGAAGCAGAGCUUUACCAAUACUACUUGACCCAGAACAUGAGCCUCCCCCCAGGCCUAAAGUUGGAUCCUUCUGGAACCGAUGCCCAGUUUCUGCUUGGAGGAUUUCAUCUGGACCCGAAUAUAGCUGCCCUAGCCCCAGCACUAGGUGGGGACAUCCCAAUGGAUGUGCGUCUGGGUGGAGGGCAGCUGGUGUCCGAGGAGCUGAUGACCCUGGGAGAGAGCCUGUCGCAGACCAGUGACCCUUCUCUCAAGCUCUUCCAGUGUGCUGUGUGCAACCGCUUCACCACUGACAACUUGGAUGUGCUGGGCCUGCACAUGGGGGCCGAGCGCUCGCUGCCUGAGGACGAGUGGAAAGCAGUGGUGGGUGACUCACACCAGUGCAAGCUGUGCUGCUACACCACACAGCUGAAGGCCAACUUCCAGCUGCACUGCAAGACCGAUAAGCAUGUGCAGAAGUACCAGCUGGUGGCUCACAUCAAGGAGGGUGGGAAGGGCAAUGAGUGGCGCCUCAAGUGCGUGGCCAUUGGCAACCCGGUGCACCUCAAGUGCAAUGCCUGUGACUACUAUACCAACAGCCUGGAGAAGCUGCGGAUGCACACAGUCAACUCGCGUCAUGAGGCCAGCCUCAAACUUUAUAAGCACUUGCAGCAGCACGAGAGUGCAGUAGAAGGUGAGGCAUGCUACUAUCACUGCAUGCUGUGUAACUACUCUACCAAGGCCAAGCUGAACCUGAUCCAGCACGUGCGCUCCAUGAAGCACCAGCGCAGCGAGAGCUUGCGCAAGCUGCAACGUCUGCAGAAGGGCCUGCCUGAGGAAGAGGAAGACUUGAGCACCAUCUUCACCAUUCGCAAGUGUCCAACCAGCGACACUGGUAAGUCAGGAGAGCUGAGUGAGGAUGUGGAGGCUGCCAGCGAGACCACCACAGACCAGGAGGACCAAACCAAAGACAGAGAGAGUGGGGGGGAGAAGGAGCUCACCAAAGGCACAGCAGCAGCAGCUAGCCAUUCAGAGAGGGAUCAGACAGAGUCACCGAUCCCCUCCAAGCGGCCUCCUUCAAGGUCUGGGGCUUCAGAGAGCCCUCUUUCUUCCAAACGUCCUAGGACGGCAGAAAAGAGCACUGGAGAGCAGAUGUACCAGUGCCCCUACUGUAAGUUCACGAAUACAGAUUUGAAUAGACUGAGGAUGCAUGUGAUGACCCAGCACUCGGUGCAGCCCAUGCUGCGGUGCCCACUGUGCCAGGACAUGCUCAACAACAAGAUCCACCUGCAGUUCCACCUCACGCACCUGCACAGCGUGGCCCCGGACUGCGUCGACAAGCUAAUAGCCACUGUGGCAACGUCAGAGGCGCUGCCAGCAAGCAUGUUCAUACCGGUCCCUGGACCAGAGAGAGAGGCUCAAAAUAUGUCCUUGUCCAACUCAACCUCUGAUGACACAAAGAAACAAGCAGAGACUACAGAUGUUGAGCCUGAGAAAGGAAUUUCUAUGGCUACAGAUAUAAUUGAAGCUCGCAAGUCACCUCUUGAAGAUCAGCAGCCGUCAAGAGAAGACACUACUGGAUUCCUAUGCUGGAAGAAAGGCUGUAACCAAGUAUUCAAAUCCUCUAACGCACUUCAGAUGCACUUCAAUGAGGUCCACAACAAAAGGCCUCAACUGCCAGUCUCUGAUCGUCACGUCUACAAGUACCGUUGCAACCAGUGUAGUCUGGCAUUCAAGACGAUAGAGAAACUGCAACUGCAUUCCCAGUAUCACGUUAUCCGAGCAGCUACCAUGUGUUGUCUCUGCCAGCGUAGUUUCAGGACUCUACAGGCCUUGAAGAAACACUUGGAGACUAGUCACCUUGAACUGAGUGAAGCUGACAUUCAGCAACUCUAUGGAGGCUUGCUAAUGAAUGGAGACCUUAUGGUUAUGGGUGACCCUUCGCUUGGAGAAGACCAAGCAGGUCUGAUUGAGGAUGAGAAAGAAGGAGAAGAGAGUGAUCUUGAGGAAAAACAGAGCCCAACAGGCAGUGAUUCAGGAUCCUUGCAAGAGGAUUCUGGAUCAGAGCCCAAGCGAGCACUCCCCUUUAGAAAAGGUCCGAAUUUCACCAUGGAAAAGUUCUUAGAUCCUUCUCGUCCUUUCAAGUGUACAGUAUGCAAAGAGUCUUUUACCCAGAAGAAUAUUCUUCUUGUGCAUUAUAACUCUGUGUCACACUUGCACAAGGUGAAACGGGCCCUGCAGGAAUCCACCACAGGUCAGCCAGAGCCAACCAGCAGCCCCGAUAAUAAGCCCUUCAAGUGCAGCACUUGCAAUGUUGCAUAUAGCCAGAGCUCUACACUGGAGAUUCAUAUGCGCUCUGUCCUCCACCAGACUAAAGCCAGGGCAGCCAAACUUGAAGCAGCUGGUGGCAGCUCCAGCUCUGUCAGCAGUGGCAGUUUAAGUGGAGGCACUUCUAACAGCACUUCCACCCCCAGCCCUGUCCCACCCGCUAACUCAACAACCAGCUCUAACAACAACAGCUGUUCUCCAGCAAACGUUCAGACAGCACACAGCAUCCUGGGAGGAAACCACCUUAGUCAGUCUCACAGCCUUGAGAGCAUGUCUAACUCAGCUUGUCAUCCUUCUCCCUCUGAGAACCAGGAUGUAAAGAAAAAGAAGUUUGCAGACAUGUUGUCCUCAAGAGGCCACCAGCAGCAGCUCCAACAGCAGCAGCUGGCUCAGGCUCAAGCACAAGCCCAGGCCCAGCUCCAACAAGAGCUCCAGCAGCAAGCUGCCCUACUUCAGUCCCAGCUCUUUAACCCCCUACUACAGCACUUCCCAAUGACAACAGAUGCUCUUCUGCCACUUCAACAGCAGCAGCUGCUGUUUCCUUUCUAUAUCCCUGGGGCUGAAUUCCAGUUAAAUCCAGAAAUGAACCUGAACAGUUCUUCUCUGAACUUAAGUGGCUCUGCUGCAUCACUAUUGGAGGAACAGAAGAACCAAGCACAGCAAGCCCAACAGAGCUGUUUGCAACAGCAAUUGACGCACCACCACCUUCAACAACAGCAUCAAGCUCAUUCGCACUCCCAGGCCUCGAGCCAAAUGGCUUUACUUCAACAGAGUGCAUCUCUUUCGCAUUCAGUAGACAAAAAACCAAAGUCACUAGUUGCUCAUAGUGAGAAGGACAGAGAGCUGCCAAAGGAUAAAGAAAUGAAUGAUAAAACAGAGGAUCAUGCUCCAAAGGAUCUCUCAGACAAUUCAAAGUCCAAAGAGAAGAAAGAUGCACCACAGGCUGUAGCUAACAUGAAUCAGGACACUGGAUUCCCACCACCACGAAUUGCAUCAGAUGCUCGUGGCAAUGCCACCAAAGUGUUGUUGGAGAAUUUCGGAUUUGAACUGGUGAUUCAGUACAAUGAGAACAAACAAAAAGCUCAGAGAAAACCCACAGGAUCUAUAUCUGGAUCAAGUGUGCCAGGUGGCAUCACUAGAGUGGUUGAUCCUGUUGAGGGAUUGGAGAAAUUGGAGUGUGAGGCCUGUGGUAAGCUCUUCUCCAACAUUUUAAUCCUGAAGAGUCACCAGGAGCAUAUCCAUCAGGCCUUCUUCCCAUUUAGAUCACUAGAGAGAUUUGCUAAAGAGUACAGAGAACAGUAUGACAAAUUGUACCCACUAAGACCACAAACACCUGAGGCUGCUCCUCCCCCACCACCCCCUCCUCCCCCACCACCGCCACCCCCGCCACCUCCACAGAGGGCACCAACACCAAAUAUACCUGUCUCUGCACCCGCACUCACUCCACCAACUGCCCCGACCCCACAGCCUCCAGGUCCACUUGCUCAAAUUCCAAUGCCAAUGGAUCUUCCUCUCUUUUCUCCACUCAUGAUGCAGCCUAUGUCUCUCCAGUCCCUACCCUCUCAAAUUCCUGCCCAGUUGCCAGCUGUUGAACCUGGUCUUGCCACUGAUCUUGCACAACUGUAUCAGCAGCAACUCACACCUGCAAUGCUGCAGCAACAGAGCAAAAGACCCCGCACACGUAUAACAGAUGACCAACUAAGGGUUCUGCGACAGUACUUUGACAUCAACAACUCACCAAAUGAGGAACAAAUAAAGGAAAUGGCAGACAAGUCAGGACUUCCACAGAAGGUCAUCAAGCACUGGUUUCGGAAUACUCUUUUUAAAGAGCGACAACGCAACAAAGACUCACCCUACAACUUCAACAAUCCACCUAUUACCACUCUGGAGGAUGUCAAAAUUGACUCUAAGCCACCUUCCCCUGAACCCCAAAGACAGGAGUCCUGUGGCAGUAAGAGAUCCUCAAGAACACGGUUCUCAGAUUACCAGCUUAGAGUACUGCAAGAUUUCUUUGAUGCCAAUGCCUACCCUAAAGAUGAUGAAUUCGAGCAGCUGUCCAAUCUUCUGAGCCUACCAACUCGAGUCAUUGUUGUAUGGUUCCAGAACGCCAGACAGAAAGCCCGUAAAAAUUAUGAGAACCAGGGUGAUGGAGCAAAAGAAGGUGAACGACGUGAGUUAUCCAAUGAUCGAUACAUUCGUACUACUAACUUAAACUAUCAGUGCAAGAAAUGCAGCCUUGUAUUCCAGCGCAUAUUUGACCUCAUUAAACAUCAAAAGAAGCUUUGUUACAAAGAUGAAGAUGAAGAAGGACAAUAUGAUAGUCAAAACGAGGACUCUAUUGAUCACUUACAUGAAUACUACACGCCAUCUGGGUCAUCAGGUCACACACCGAUGCCAUCAUCUUCAAGUCUUUGCCCUCUUCCACCUUCUUCCUCGUCUUUCUCUAAUAUGACAUCUGAGAAGGUUGAAGCUGCCCCUGCUAGCACAUCAAACACUUUUGAUGAGAAAUCCAAAAACUCUGCAGAAACAUCCUUUGCCCAAAGCGAGCGGUCAUCAGUGAAACAGGAAAGCAGUCACCCACCUGAGACUCCACCACAGAGACCACCACGAGAGGAAAAGGUUCAUGUAGCCUCCAAGAACACAAAGCUUUCUUCACCAUCUCUCUCUCAGCAGCAACAGCACAGUGGGUCUUCAGCCUCAGCCUCUCACACCAGCCAGACUCCCUCCCAAAGUACCCUGAUGGCCCUCAAUCCACAUUUGGCCACUGCAUCACAGCAGCAGCUGGCCCAGAUGAUUCCUUACCAGUGUGAACAGUGCAAGCUUGCCUUCCCCUCAUUCGAACACUGGCAAGAACACCAGCAGCUCCAUUUCCUGAGUGUUCAAAACCAAUUUAUUCACCCCCAGUUCUUGGAUCGCCCAAUGAACAUGUCCUUUAUGUUAUUUGAUCCUAGUAAUCCUCUGCUAGCUAGCCAGCCUCUUGCUGGUGCUUUGCCUCAAAUACCCAGCAACUCUGCCACUUCUCCAUCAACUCCUACAUCUACCAUGAACUCUCUAAAGAGGAAACUGGAGGAGAAAGCAGGCACUAGUCCAGGUGAAAAUGAUAGUACUAAUAGUGGAGAGGAGCCACAAAGAGAUAAACGUCUUCGAACCACUAUUACACCUGAGCAGCUUGAAAUUCUGUACCAAAAAUAUUUACUAGAUUCUAAUCCCACCCGAAAAAUGCUUGACCAUAUUGCUCAUGAAGUAGGGCUCAAAAAACGGGUGGUACAAGUAUGGUUUCAAAACACCAGGGCCAGGGAAAGAAAAGGGCAGUUUCGGGCUGUUGGGCCAGCUCAAGCCCAUCGCCGUUGCCCUUUUUGUCGGGCUCUCUUUAAAGCUAAAACUGCUCUGGAAGCCCACAUCCGUUCACGUCACUGGCAUGAGGCAAAGCGUGCUGGUUAUAACUUAACACUUACUGGUUUAGUAUCCGAUCAGGAAGGCAUGCACUUGAAGAUGGAUCCUCAUGAUAUUGCUGCUUAUGCUCAUCUGGGCACUUCUAACAGUGAUGCUCAGUGCUCAUCCUUGUCACCUGUAAGUAAAAACAUGGAUUUGUCUCCAAGGGCACUUUUGAGUCCGACAUCUAUCAAAGUUGAGGGAAUGGAGGAGUUUGAAAGCCCAACCAUGUCCUCUGUAAACAUGAGCUUUGACCAGAGCAAGCUUGAUAAUGAUGAUUGUUCUUCUGUGAACACUGCAAUCACAGAUACCACCACAGGUGAUGAGGCUAAUGUUGACAAUGACAGUGCUGAUGCGAAGCACAGCCACAACAGUGGAGAUUUCUUGUCUAAGACUGGGGGAACCGUCACAUCUCUUGAGAAUGAUGACCAAAUGUCUUCAGGACUAGUGAGUCCUGCAACAAGUUAUUACGCGAAAGACUUUGAAAAUGAAAAUAUGGUGGAUUACAGUGAAACAUCUAGUUUAGCUGAUCCAUGCUCACCAAGCCCUGGGGCAUCUGGUAGUAGAAGCAUUGACAGUGGAGACAGGCCUGGUCAAAAGCGUUUCCGAACUCAGAUGACUAACCUCCAGCUGAAAGUGCUCAAGUCCUGCUUUAGCGAUUACAGGACCCCUACUAUGUUGGAGUGUGAGGUACUUGGCAAUGAUAUCGGACUUCCAAAGAGAGUCGUACAAGUCUGGUUCCAGAAUGCUCGUGCAAAGGAAAAGAAGGCGAAACUCAGUAUGGCUAAACAUUUUGGCAUCAACCAGACCUCUUAUGAGGGACCUAAGACGGAGUGCACUUUGUGUGGUGUUAAGUACAGUGCACGUCUCUCAGUGCGGGACCACAUCUUCUCCCAGCAACAUAUCUCCAAAGUAAAGGACACAAUUGGGAGCCAGCUUGACAAAGAGAAAGAGUACUUUGACCCAGCCACUGUUCGUCAACUCAUGGCCCAACAAGAGAUGGAUCGUAUCAAGAAAGCCAAUGAGGUCCUUGGACUGGCACAACAACAAGCCAUGCAACAACAAGGGAUGUUUGACAGUCCUGCCUUACAAGCCCUGAAUUUGCAGUCUGCCUAUUCAAAUCUGCAAGGGAUACCCCCUGUCCUCUUGCCCGGUGUUGGAAGCCCUUCCCUUCCUGGCUUUAACUCAUCUAAUUCAGCUUUAACCCCUCCAAAACCUCCGAACAUCCUGAACAUGCCUGGUGCCAGUGUACCCUCACCUAGUCUCCCAACAUCUGGUUUACCCAACAAGAUCCCUUCCUCUUCCUCCUUGGCCUCCCCCAGCCCAGCUCAGGCCAGCACUUCUGUUGCCCACUCAAGUACUACAACCACAUCCACAUCAAACUCCCUGACUACCCAACCAGGCCCGCGGGCUGAUCAUCCCAAAGAGCGUGAAACUGAAAGGGCCAGGGAGAAAGAGAAGCCCAAGGAGAAGGCUGAGAAGUCCACCACACCAUUGUCAACUGGAGGAACUCCUGCUCCCUCCACUUCUGCUGCCAGCGCCAAGAAAGAAAAACCAGACACAGCAGUUCCGGCCACCUCAAUGCCAACUCCUGGUAUGGAGUAUGUGGUCGAUCCUGCCCAGCUUCAAGCUCUGCAGGCCGCUUUAGCAUCAGAUCCAACAGCUCUGCUUACCAGCCAGUUCCUGCCCUAUUUUAUGCCAGGUUUUUCUCCAUAUUAUGCCCCCCAGAUUCCAGGAGCUCUUCAAGGUGGAUAUCUGCAGCCUAUGUAUGGUAUGGAAAGUCUUUUCCCUUACAACCCAGCUUUAUCACAGGCCCUGAUGGGGCUGUCCCCAGGAUCCCUGCUCCAGCAUUACCAGCAAUAUCAGCAGAGCCUACAGGAGGCACUUCAGCAGCAACAGCGGCAGCUUCAGCAAAUCCAGCAACCCAAAGCGAGCCAAACUCCAGCCCCUUCUCAGCUCUCGGUGGACCAUAAAGAUUCUGCCAAAGAUCCAGUAAAAACAGAGGAGCAGAAAGGCACUCCCCCAGUUGAUACCUCUUCUUCUCACAAUAACCUACCCCCUGAGCAGCAUGAAGUGGAUGGUAAAGGUGCAGACCCUCUUCUUGACCAAUACGUUGUCCCCAAAGUUCAGUACCGGCUGGCGUGCCGCAAAUGUCAAGCUGUUUUCAGCAAGGAGGAAGCAGCGAUCAGCCACCUCAAGUCGAUCUGCUUUUUCGGUCAGUCUGUGGCAAACAUGCAAGAGAUGUUGCUUCGGGUCCCCAUGAGUGGCAGUGCAGCCGAGGGUGGCCUCUAUGACUGCCUGGCCUGUAACACCACUCUGGACGGGGACAAAGCGCUCAGUCAACACCUGGAUUCAGCCUUGCACAAACACAGAACAAUCACGCGAUCAGCCAGAAAUGCCAAAGAGCACGCUACUAGUUUAUUACCUCACUCUUCAGCCUGCUUCCCCGAUCCUAACACCGCAUCUACCUCGCAGUCUGUCACUCACCCAAACAACACCCCAUCUCCCCCGCCAACAACGUCAAACGCCACGCCGUCCUCAUCUGUGUCUGCAUCUUCGUGCUCCUCCACGGCUGCCCCCCUGAAUGCCACAGCUGCCAGCAAACCCUGGCCCCAGGCCUCUUUCUCUAGAGCUUUAGCUGGGAAGUCCAACGCCACUCCUUCUACAUCGUCUUCUUUUCCUUCAGUAUCCUCACCUUCAACGGUUACCUCAAGUUCAUUGAGCACCUCAGGGGUUCAGACCUCGAUACCAACAGACGUCUUUACCGACGAAUCUGACUCUGAUAGCAGUCAGAAGUCAGCGGACAGGCUGGGCCGGUCGGCAGAGGAGCCGCAACAGCCCGGUUGUCUCAAAGACAGUGAUAGUUGUAGUAGUAAUAUGGCUAGUGUAGGAACAGACUCCAUCAGAUUGUAAAAGAGCUUUUGGUGAUGGACAAUAUUUAAAACACAGAAAAGACAAAAAAAAGAAUAAAACACAGAAGUAAAAAAAAAAGCAGCAAUGUUUAAAAUAUGUUUAAAAGUAUACAAACCAAUUUCAGAAAAAGAUGUGUAAAGACUAACUGCAAUUCCAAAGCUUGUAACCAAAAAUUUAAACGUUAGUGGAUUGUUUUCCCAUAUCAACAUGCUGGUUUUAGUUCAUUUCAACUCAAAUAUAUAUAGCUUUACACACACACACACACACACA